UGUGAACGGGAUGGGCCCAUCUUCCUCUCGGAGCGCAGAGUGAGGCGUGUGAAUGCGCAGAAAAGUAAGAAAUGGCAGGCAGCUGCAGCAGCAGCAUCCACCGGCGAGACGCGAAGAAAAGCGACGCGAGGCCACGGGUCGCGUGGCAGAGCAAGCAAGCCAAUCGAGCAACGCGGAGAGAGCGAGGAACGCCCGCGGAGCCUGCUCUGCACCGCCGCGUUGGUGUCGAUAGGCGCGCGGCGGCGCCGGGGCGGGAGGGGGCGGCGGGGCGAUGGAGGCGGGCGGCGGGUUUAGGGACGAGAGGGUGCCGCAGUGGGGCGCGCAGGAGACGCGGGAGCUCAUCGCGGCGCGCGGGGAGCUGGAGCGGGAGGCCGCCGCGUCCACGGGCCGCAGCGCCAAGACGCUGUGGGAGGCGGUGGCGGACGCGCUCCGGGCGCGCGGGUACCGCCGCACCGCCGACCAGUGCAAGUGCAAGUGGAAGAACCUCGUCAACCGCUAUAAGGGGAAAGAAACAUCUGAUCCAGAAAACGGUAGACACUGCCCCUUCUUCGAAGAAUUACAUGCAGUCUUCACUGAACGUGCUAGAAACAUGCAACGCCAACUCCUUCAGUCUGAAUCAGGAGCUUCAGUUAAAAAGAAACUAAAGAGGCCUAGUGGUGACCGGUCACCUGGGGAGUCUGAUGACGAGGAAGAUGACGCUGAAGCAACCGAGGACGAGAAACCAAUUAGAACCAAAAAGUGGAAGGCUGGCGGUGAUAAGGGGCAGCAAUCGCAACGAACGAACUCAAGGGCGGUCAGCUCAAGCAUCCACGAUCUGUUGCAGGAAUUCCUGGUGCAGCAACAGCACAUGGAUAUGCAGUGGCACGAGACGAUGGAGCGGCGUGCGCAGGAGCGGCUCGUUUUCGAACAAGAAUGGAGGCAGUCGAUGCGGAGGCUUGAGCAGGAGCGGCUGGUGUUGGAGCAUGAGUGGAUACAGAGGGAGGAACAGCGGAGGAUGAGAGAAGAAGCAAGAGCUCAGAAAAGGGAUUCGCUCAUGACCGCCCUGUUGAACAAACUCUUGCAUGAAGAUCUGUAGAAGGCGCGUUGCGCUUCUUUGUCAGCGGAUAGAUAAUGUACUAGACACCAUUUUUUUUCUCACCGUGUUUCAUCGAUUCUUUUUAGCUCUUGCACAUGUUGUUGUCCAGAAGAAAUGAUUCUUGUAGCAUUGUAGGACUCUUUUCCGAUUUUUUUUAUUUCAGCCAAGUAAUCUUAAUUUAUCUAUUAGUCAUGUAAGUAUCAGACGUGAUAUAGGUGAUCUACUCAUCUGUGCGAUUUUCAGAGAUUUUAGAGUUUCAGGCUUUCA